CACACCGGAACAGGAAGAGCUCUGUGAUCUCUGCUGUAGUCGGAGUGGGUUCGUGUUGGUGCAGUGUUUGUGUCGGUGGUUGUGUUUGCGUACGGAGGGAUUAAAGCGCUCGGCUGGUACGUAGCGGUCUGCAGGUCGGCUUUUAUCGCGGUUAUGAACCUGGUCUCUUUCAGAGGCUGUUCUGGAACUGAAAAGAUCCCACGUCCAUUUCGUCUCGUCCAGGAAUAGUUUCCCAUCUGCCGUCAACAUGGCAGCAUCACUUAGGGCUGUGUGGCCCAGCUGUCUGUGGAUGCGUUCGGUAGCUGCCUAUAAGCAAGUGCCGCUACGAAUUGGAGCCGUAUGUCAUGCUUGUCAUAAAUCGACAUACUCAGCGCUCCCUGAAGACUACAACUGCAAAGUGGAACUUGCCUUGACAUCAGAUUCGAAGACGAUUGUCUGCUACCACCCUUCACUUGAGAUUCCAUACGAGCACACAAAACCUGUGCCACGACCGGAUCCGCUGAAUAACAAAGAAGAAACUCUUGAUCAAAUGUUGAAAUCCAGGUUGAAUGAAGAAAAGCUACAGAAUGAUAGAGGUCUUACCAUUGAAGAGCUCAGCAAAAUGUUUUACACUACAAAGCAUCGGUGGUACCCUGUGGGACAGUAUCAGAGAAGACGGAAGAAUCCUAAUCCUCCCAAGGACAGAUAAUUAAGAUGACUUCUUGCUCAUGAGCAUGUUGUUAUUGAUCUUUAUUUGAAAUAAAAAGUAGAGAAAUGUUUA